CGAAACAAAUGAAACAAAUGAAUCAAGCCAAUCACUUACGAAACGUAGAAAUAGUGGUAAAAAGCAAGGAGAUAUUUGGCAUUAUUUUAAUCAAGGUCCUAGUUUAGGUCGAGGGCAUUAUAAAGCUAGUUGUAAACAUUGCCCUGUUUCAUGGGAAAGAGGCCGACCAGAUGAAAUGCGUUUGCAUCUUGCUCGACAUUGUUUAAAUGUUCCUGAUGAAAUUAAAUAUUUUUGGAGAGAUUUUAUUACUGAAGAAAAAACUCAAAUAUGA